GUGAUCCCCUGAAUGGCCCGAGCAAACCUCUCCAACGACUGAUGUUCCCCGCCGCGCGCAUCAGCAAGUACUUGAAAUCCGACAAGCGAACCCUCUCCCUCCUCCACCACCCCCACCUCUCCAUGCGCGGGGCCGAGCAAAUCCACGCCCACCUCCUCGUCUCCGGCGCAAUCGCCGACCCCUAUGCCGCCGGCAAGCUCGUCGCCUUCUUAGCGCUCUCCACCCGCGGCGACCUCGCCAACGCCGCCCUCCUCUUCCACCGCCUCCCCUACCGCUCCGCCUUCCUCUGGAACACCAUGAUCCGAGCCCACGUCGAUCGGAACCAACCACUCGAAGCUCUCUCCCUCUAUGGGCAGAUGCUCUCCUCUGACUUCGCGCCCAACAACUACACCUUCUCCUUCCUCCUCCGCGCCUGUCUUGACCUCUCCUCGCUCUCCGACGGGCAGAAGUUUCACGCCCAGAUCGUAAAACUCGGGUGGGAGCCGUAUGACUUCGUGCAGAAUGGCUUGAUCCACAUGUACUCUUCCUGCGGCUGUAUCGAUUCCGCUUGCAGGUUGUUCGAUGGGAGCUUGAAUCGAGAUGUGAUCUCGUGGACGGCGAUGGUCAAUGGUUAUGCGAAAUCUGGACAGAUCGAUGUUGCUCGUGAACUGUUUGAUCGGAUGCCGGAAAGAAAUGUGGUUUCCUGGAGUGCCAUGAUCACUAGUUAUGCGCAAAUUGGAAGGUUUCAAGAGGCAUUGGAUUUUUUUAACGAGAUGCAGCUGGCGGGGGUUCGGCCUAAUCAUGCGGGGAUUGUCGGUGCUCUGUCCGCAUGUGGCUCUCUUGGGGCAUUGGACCAGGGGAGGUGGAUUCAUGCCUUCGUGGAGAGGAAUGCGAUGGAACUAGAUAGGGUUCUGGGAACCGCAUUGACAGAUAUGUAUGCCAAGUGCGGGAGCAUAGAGACCGCUUUGCAAGUGUUCGAUGCGAUGUCCGAGAGAGAUGUGUUCGCUUAUACUUCCAUGAUCUCGGGACUGUCGAAUCACGGGCACAGCGAGAAGGCGAUUGAUUUGUUCUUGAAGAUGAGAGAGGAAGGGGUGAAGCCAAAUGAGGUCACUUUUAUUUGCGUCCUCAGCGCCUGUAGUCGAAUGGGUCUGGUGGAUCAAGGAAGGGAGAUCUUUGCAAGCAUGGAUGUGGUCUAUGGGAUCAAACCGGGAGUCGAGCAUUAUGGCUGCUUGGUGGACCUUUUGGGGCGGGCAGGGUUGCUUGAGGAGGCCAAGAGGGUAGUGAGGGAGAUGCCAAUGGAGCCCGACUCUUAUGUUUUAGGAGCCUUGUUAAAUGCUUAUAGAGAGCAUGGGGAGGUGGAAUUGGGCAAGGAAGCUGUGGAGAGUUUAAUAGAGUUGGGGCUCGAUCAUAGCGGAGUGCAUGUUUUGCUUUCAAACAUGUAUGCCUCGGCUUAUAGGUGGGAGGAUGUCUUGAAAGUGAGGAAGGGGAUGGAGGAGAAGAAGGUGAAGAAGGUGCCUGGUUGUAGCAUGAUUGAGGUGGAUGGUGUGGCUUGUGAGUUUGUCUCUGGAGAUCGGUCUCACUCCCAAAUGGAUGAGAUCGUGUCUACGGUGAAGGAGAUGGACAAGCAACUAAAGUCAUCUGAAGAUAGUUUAGAUUGGAGGAAUGUACAACCCAUGCAGAUUGCACUGUUGUGAUUCUAUGCCUGUUGACUGAUGGAGCUGUGCAUGCCCCAUUUCAGAUAAUCUCCAACCAAACAAACCAGACACGAAAAAUGUUGGUGAGGUGGGAUUUAACUAUACAUGCUGCACUCACUAAUCUAUUGGUGGAGCUUGAAAGGUUUGUGUCUCCUGCCGCUACAUGCGAUGCUUUGAGUUCUGGAACCUUCACUUGAUAUCUGAUGGUCCCAUGAACUUGACGGCAAAGAAAUCUCUCCAAGAAUUAUGGAAGAUCUCUGCUAUGUGGGAUCCUGAGGAACCUGGAGGACAGCAAAGAAACGUGGCGUGUUCGAGACGACCAUUUCAGUGAAUUAAUCCAUAAUUUUUGGUCCAGAAAACUGUACAUUGCUUCACAGACAUGCUCUCUUCAGACGGAGUUUGUGGUGGCUAGUAAAGCAAUCCAUUACCACCAUACACUGCAUUCAAUUGGAAGAAUUAGUUGCGAGUCCACCACAAUAAAAAAAAAAAAAUUUAUGUGCUGCUUCAAUCAUGGCUAUCCACUUCAUAAUGGAUGACAAUAUGCCAGAUAUUCAAUCGGAUUGCCACACUUGAUAUUGGCAAUCAUCAUUUAUAUUUCCUUUCUGUCAUGAUUUGAACAGGAUUUGUGGGUGCACCAUAACAGUUCUUGCUGCGGUGGACUAGCAGGUAAAAAAACCACACGUUACAGCCUUUGAUAGCCAGAAAUAUAGGGGGAAAAAUUGAACAACUUGCAAUUUUCUCAUCUCAACGGCCCACUUUUUUUCUUCUCUUUUGGCUCUUUCCCUUUGUUACUCCUAAAUAAAUCUCAUCAAUUCCCCAUUUCAUUUUCCGCGAGGAA